AUGGCAGGCACGGCUCUGGCGGGUCUCUCCAUGAUCCUUGGUGCAGGUUUUCUUGCCUGGGACUGGUCGAGCCAGAACCAGGUGGAGCAUGACCCCAUGGUACCGAACCCCCACAGACUACCACACAUCAUUUUCAUCAUGACAGACGACCUGGGCUUCAACGAUAUUGGCUAUCACAACCCUGACAUGCGCACACCCACGCUGGAUAAACUGGCAGGAGAAGGAGUGAAGCUGGAGAAUUACUACGUGCAGCCGAUCUGUACACCUUCCCGGAGCCAGUUCCUCACCGGCAGGUAUCAAAUCCACACGGGUCUCCAGCAUUCGAUCAUCAGGUCCCGGCAGCCCAAUUGUCUGCCUUUUGACAUGGUCACCCUGCCACAGCGUCUCCAGGAGGCUGGCUACUCCACGCAUAUGGUGGGUAAAUGGCACCUGGGCUUCUACAAGCGUGACUGUCUCCCCACUCGUCGUGGCUUUCAUACCUACUUUGGCUCGCUGACAGGCAGUGUGGACUACUACACAUACGACUCCUGUGAUGGCCCAGGAAGGUGUGGCUAUGAUCUCCAUGAAGGUGAAACAGUGGCAUGGGGAUAUCGAGGAAAGUACUCGACACAUCUGUACACACGCAGAGUGCGAAAGAUUCUGGCAUCGCAUAAUCCAUCAGGACAGCCUUUAUUUAUUUUCCUGUCCUUCCAGGCUGUUCACACUCCCUUACAGUGUCCUAAGGAUUACAUCUAUCCGUAUCAUGGCAUGGGGAAUGUCCAUCGCCGCAAAUAUGCAGGCAUGGUCUCAUCCGUGGAUGAGGCAGUACACAAUGUGACAUAUGCACUCCGGAAAUAUGGUUAUUACCGCAACAGUGUGAUUAUCUUCUCUACAGAUAACGGGGGCCAGCCUUUAUUUGGAGGAAGCAACUGGCCACUCAGGGGCAGAAAGGGGACAUAUUGGGAAGGUGGAAUGCGUGCAGUGGGAUUUGUCCACAGCCCACUUCUCAGGAGACGGAGGAAGGUUAGUAAGGCCCUGGUUCACAUCACUGAUUGGUACCCAACACUGGUGCGCCUGGCAGGGGGGAAUGUAUCCCGAAUGCAUGAGCUAGAUGGUUAUGACAUGUGGGAAACGAUCAGUGAGGGCAAGGAGUCCCCACGCUUCGAGAUUCUCCACAACAUCGACCCGCUGUAUGUGCCUUCACGCCAUGGCUCACUCCGGGGAGGAUAUGGCAUCUGGAACACUGCUGUACAGGCAGCAGUGAGAAUGGGAGACUGGAAGCUGCUGACAGGAGAGCCAGGUUAUGGAGACUGGACACCACCGCAGGUGUUAGGAAACUUCCCCGGUGGCUGGUGGGAUCUUGAGCGUCAUGCCGAAGCUGGCAAAUCACUAUGGCUGUUCAACAUCACAGCAGAUCCAUAUGAGCGCUACGACAUGGCUGAACAGAGACCUGAUGUGGUAAAACAGCUGCUGGGCAGGAUAGCAUUUUAUAAUCGCACAGCUGUGCCUGUGCGCUACCCAGCUGAGGACCCAAGGGCAGAUCCGAGUCUCAAUGGAGGGGCAUGGAGGCCCUGGGCCGGGGACAUGGAAGCAGACAGCUGGCACCAAGUUUAUCACAGGAGGAGGAAUAACAAGAGUAAGAAGCUGAGCAAAAUGAAGUCAUUUUUCAAGAAACUGAACACAAAGAUUAUGUCCGAUAGGAUUUGAGUGGUAUACAUAUG